AUGUGGCUGCUGCCGACAGACAUUUUGCAAGCAGCAGGGGCGGUGGAAACAGGAAAUUGGCAGUACAAACAGGCAAACGCGGCAGCAGAGUUAAGAAAUCCGCAACUGGUUGGUCGUGCGUCGUCCACCCCACUAGAAGGUACAGCAGACAGUAAAAUGUCGCAGGCUGCAGAAGCACCAGGAAUUCAGGAAUCAGAGCGUGCUACGGGAAGUUUUCGCAUAAGUGAUCGCGCCUCGAUUCAGGAUGAAAAGCAGAAGUGUGCAGUUGAAGCUGCUGUCUCCGCAGUUAUUGCAGCUGCUGCCGAUGGAGCGGCGGAGCAAGAACAGGAGGCUCCCCCGAAAACGAAUCAGGAGGGUGGCCGCGCAUCUUCGGUACUGUCCUCUUUGUUGUCUGCUGCCCUGCGGCAGCUUCUGCCUUGGGUGCUGCCCUGCGCUCUGCAGGGUGCCUCAGCAGCAGACGUUAAAGUAAACAUCGCGAAGAAGCAGUUGACGUUAAGCGGCAUCUCACUACAACCACAGGAGCUUACAGCCGUUACGGGAGCCCCUCUUCACUUGCUCCACUGCAGCAUAGGCGAAUUACAACUGCAGGUGGGGCGGCAAGAGGAGGCUGGCGCUGUGGAAGCUGCUCGCAAUACAACUGUGACUGCAUCCAACCUCGGCUCGAAGAUAUCUGAAGGAUGUGCCUCCUCUCCCGUAGCAACAGCAGCUGCAGCAGAUGGAGUGGCGAAUUUUGUGAGUAGGGAGGAAUCUUCUUCCCUCAGGAUUUCGGUGAAGGAUGUGAUUGUGGUGUUGGCACCUACGAGUUCACAGGAGUGGUCAAGGCAGCAGUUGCUUGAGUUAGCGCUGCAAAGGCGGAGGUCACUGCUUUACAACAUGGACAGCGAGCUGAAGCAGCAAGAAGUGCAGAAGCAGAGCGGGUUUUCUCCAUGCUUGUCCAGCUUGAUAUCACAUUGGAUAGAUCGUCACAUCCAGUGGGCCUCUUUGGAUCUCCACAAUUUGCACCUUCGUUUGGAGUUUCUAGUGCCCCCCUGCAAUAACAGCAGCAGCACUGGCAGCACAGCUUUCGCGUUUGGGGUGCACCUUGAGGAAUUCCGCAUGCGUACCCUUCCAUCGGAGGAAUCUAAAGAUUUAAGCGCUUGCACAGCACAUGGUCAGCAGCAACGAAGUCAAGAAACUGUGGCAACAUCGCCCCACCGGGUUACUGAGGCUGCUGGGGAGUCACUCCCAAACAGCGGCACCAGUAGAAACUACGGCUUCAACAGCCAAGGCAGCGUCUGUAGUGAAUUCGACAUUAAGGGGUGUUCUAUGUACACCCAGAACGAGCUGUUGCUCCUGGCACCUCACACUCGCACUGUGGUAGAGAACGUAGAGAGGCUCUGCGCAGUGCGUGCGGAGCAGCAGCAGCAAGACGGCCAUCCAAAAUCACAGCAAGCAGAGGAAGACCAGCUACCGCCGGGACAGAAUUGCCAGAUGCGGCUGGACUGUCGCCUGCCUGUAAGCGCCAGGUCUCUUCUCUCUCCCUUAGGGAUACACGGCUUUCUUAGAAAGAACGCGGUGAUCGAGUGUCCCAAGGGGAAUGGUGGAAGGGGAAGCUCAAGCGAGGCCUUGCGGCAAGGUGGUAGUCGCUCUGAAAGUGACUCCGCCGUCCUAUAUGUCAAUGAAACAACUCCAGCUGCAGGUCCUGCUUAUGUUGCUUCAGUUGAGUCUGACUGCCUCGAAGUGACAUUUAGCCCAGGAGUCUUACGCGGCCUCCGAUGGCUGACAGCGAACCUUGAGAUGCAUAGCAAAGGAGUGGACGCGGCAGAAGCAAUCCUUAGCCUCGUCAGGCCCUUUGUGCCCUCUUGCACAGUUAAAGGGAACCCGAGGAUUUGGUGGCGCUUCGCAAUUCGUGCAAUUUGCCGCCUGCAGCGCAACGGGUGCAGCAGCGUCUAUACGAACAGUAGUAACUUCGCCAUUGGCGCACAGCUUGGCAUAACUGGGGAUGGGUUGGCUGCAGAGGAGAGUCUUAAACUACGCCUCUGCACUGAGAAAGCCGUGACUUACCGUCGGCUGCGACUGCUGCAGCUGCAAGCCAUGCUGACGGAGCGGCAACUUGACCAACUUCUUCGCCUUAGAGACUCGAUCCCGUUGCCGCAGUUGCUGCAAUCACAUGCAGCUGCAAGGCAAGACUUCAUGGACCAACGGUCAAAGGCACCCGGGGCAGAAACUACCAAAAUGUGGGGACGUUGGUUCUCCAUAUGGAGAAAAAGCCCGUUGAAGCAGGGGUGUACGACGGGAGUGAAUACAGCAACUGGGGAAUGCAAUGCACCAGAUGAUGCUGAGCUAAGGAACAGCUACUUUCCCCGCCCCCCUUUACCCCCACUGCCGCUGCACAGUCUCUUGGAUCAGCACCGGAUGGAGCGACAAACGCACGAGAAAUCGGGUCAGCAGACACCACAGAAGGGGACGCAGCAGCAGCAGGGGCAACAUGAACAGCAACAAACGUGUCCAGAAGAGGAAGCAUGUUUAAGUGGCUUCGAUGACUUCUUCGAUGCCCGUUCUCAGCCCGCCACUGCGCGCCUCAGUGGCAACUUGAGGCUUCAUGUAGGGCCUGGAGAAGACUCUACGCCUGGGCUGAUGCUUGCGGCUUCGAAGGAAACUCAGCAACACAUGCAAGCAUAUGAAGGGACAACCGAAGCAGAAGAGCCAUUUCCUCCAUAUUUGGAAAACCGUGCGUUGGGGGGUGUGUGCACUGGUGAAGGAGCAUCACAGGAGGGCAAUGGGAGUUCAGCAAUGGAAUUCGCACCUGCUGCAGUAGCUCCAGGCGCCACAAAAAGCAACAGCGAGAGCACCGUACGAAGAGAGGACGAUUUGUCUGACAGCGAGGACACCUUUUACGACUGCUUGGAUUUUCAACCCCCCGGGCCCACAUCACUGGAGUCUUGUGCCGGUGUUGCACUAGGGGCAACUUCGACGACCUCCCGAACUUCACUUGACAGGAUUCAGAGCCCAGUUAAUCUCCCCGCUACUUCGAAGCAAAUCGCGUACACGAUGGAAGUCUCUGUGUUGGUGCGGUCCGCCUCUAUCGCGUGCCGUUUGGAUAAGCUGAAGUCUUCACAGGCUGAAUCCGCGCCUGAAAGGCGGUGCUCCUUCCUGAAACAGAAGCAAGGAAGCCAGAAGGCAGUGGGUAGUGUUGUUUUGUGUUCUAUAGGUGCUGUCCGUGUGAAUGGUACUAUUGGCAACGAGAGGUUUGAAGGCGGCGCAUCCAUAGACCGCCUGGACAUCAGUUUCAACGGGGGGGGAUUUCAAGAUAAAGAAAAGUUGGUUUUUAUGGACCGUGAAACCGGGAAUGAGCCACUCAUUUCCUUUCACAUUUCGCAAAACAUGGUCAGUCCACCGUCUGCGCCCAUCGUGGAUGACAGCAGCGGCUGUAGCCAAGAGGCGGAACCUAGUUCAGGUAUCAGGAACCGACAGCAGCAGCUCCGUGACGGAGCAUCGCUGCGCUACAUAGUUUCUGUGGAGGCUCCAACUGUUAUUCUCCCUGCGUCAGAGGGGCAGGCGAUUCUAUGCCAUCUGGGAGAACUGCGAAAGUUGAAAAAUCCCAAGGCUUCAGAUUUGCUGACACCGCCUUUCAGAACGAGUACACCCGCAUUUUCAGGGCAAGAGGAUCGCCUGCAGCGCCACCUGCUGCAGCAGGAGCUGCCCGUACUGCAGCCCACGCUCGAACAGACGACCGGUUCCACCACUUGCAGCAAGGAAAUGCAAUAUGGAGAAAACGCAGGCAGCAAUCUCAGAGAUACUGAACCACUCCCUACCGCGUGGGGCGUUUGUAACGUCGUGCAUCCCGUCCUUCUCCCCUCAGAGCUUGCGGCAGCAGUUGAGGUGGAGCAUAUUGACAUGCUUGCUCCAAGAUUGGUUUUUCCGCCUAGUAAACUGAGGCAGCAGACACGACAUUCACCGCGCGAGUUUCGGACAGCUUCCUUCAAGUUCCACCAUUCUCAGCCAAGUGCAGGCAAAGGUGCAAAGCUUGGCGCAGGUCAGCAAGAAGUAUCGCACAGCUUGCCGCAGCCGAAGCAAUAUCAGCAUCAGGAACAGGAGGAAUUAAACGCACAUGAUCCUCAGGAGCAACGACCCUGCGAAGUACAGAUAUACGUGAACGGCAAAUGUAAGGGGAUAAUGGCAUCUCUAAGUCGGCGAAGCUGCGCUGCCCUGCUAAGCUCCUUCGAAUCCCUCAAGACUGCCCUCUCAGGCAACGGAGUUACUGCCGUCUCCCCGGGAUGCUCGAGCUUUGGGAGUGCUGUCAAAGUCUCUAGCACGUGUGCAGAAGGGUCGAGUGGCUGGAACGAUGGUUGUAACAGUCGCAAGGCGCGUGAGGUGGAUGAAGUCUCCAACAGUAUUCCGGUGUACAUUGAUGCCUCCCUUGAUAAUAGGGGCUGCGGGACUGCGUGCCGACUGGAGAUGAAGCAGUUGCUUCUGGAGCAGCCAUCACUCCCAGCGGAAAGCAUCAAUCGAUACAUCGUUUGUGUUCCUCCUUUAAAUCGCUCAUCUGCUACUGAAGGUGCCGCGGCAGAUUUUUCUGGAGGGCCGGGCGUACAGCUGGCCUUCACUAGCGGAACCUGCACCACAUCUGCACCUGGCGCUGCCCCCACCACUGUCUCUGUGCACGUUCUGCGGCCGAUGACCCUCAACUUUCGCCCAACUGCUCUCACUUGGGUUGUGAACUUCUUGAAAGCGCCAUUUGGGAGCUGCGUCCGCACGAGAAAUGCUGGCUCCGAUGGUGAAAACAACAGCACCUACUAUGAAACCCGUAUGCAACACAACAAGAACAAUGGGUGUGCGCAGCAGUUCGAGGUUGAAGUGGAGGCCGCUUUGAAAUCCUCCGAGGGACUUGGUUCCUCGCCGGAAGACGGUGCACCUAAGCCCCCACACGUGGGAGAAGUAGCCGCAGAGUUAGCGGAUUCAUGGCCCCAGGGUGACCCAGUUCUGCGAGGGAUCCGUGUACAGUUCCAAAGAGUGAAUAUCCUUUGGUGUACCCGUGGCAGUGAUAAACCUCUCGCUACGGCAUCUUUGUCGGCAGCUUCCGUCGGCCUCGAUCUUGGCCGUCAUUCGACCAAGAUUACAGGCAGCAUAAGGGACUUGACAUUGCACUUCGUCGUCCCCAGUCUCAUUUCCGCAGAGACUGCCCCGUCUGUAGUCUUGCCUCCACAAGACACGAGGGUGGGGAACAUAUCUGGUUCUCAGGAAGCUCCGCCGAAGCUCAUUGAACGCUCGCCUUCGCUGGAGGAUAUAGCAGCCCGUGCCGUUCUACAGUCAGAUGCAGCAGGGGAAAUGCCUGCUUCUGCCCGUGCAUUGCACAGCGGGGUGCGGGAAUGCACGGAUGAAGGCCUGACUAGCGGGUUCGAUAAGAAACUGCCUCUCAUAGUUCCCAACGAAGGACUCCGGCGGAUUUUCUUGCUGGCUGAUGCCGGGCGCUCAGUUCUAGGCCUUCCGCCGCUGUUUAAAGAGAGCCAGGAGGGCGCUGGCGUUAGCGGUGGUGGCGACACCAAGUUGCACCGUCUUGUGCUGCCUCAAGCUCUUCCCUUCAGUGCGUUUCACUACGAAAUUCAGAUUACAUCUCCUCGCCUGCUCUUGCCGGCUACCUGCAGGCCAAACACCGGAGUCAUUCUGUGGCCACCCGCCUUUUGCGAUGGUGGAGAUUUAAACAGGGACCACGUGGCUUGUGGUGCCCGCUACAGCACGACGAGCCCAGCUAUCGACCGAGACGUCGGUGCGUGCAAGCGCACAAAUUAUCCAGCAGGUUCAGAGAGCUCAAGUGUUCGUGAGGUUGUAUGUCUCCUAGACAACUUCAAAGUAUCCAACAGUUGGAAUCUCAGUAGGGAGCAUGGGGUUGUAGAGAGUAUCAACGUCACGUUUAAGGGCGCAAAGGGCUUUGCCAAGCUUGGAUUUCCACAGGAUUUCAACAAUUUGUGCAGUAGAAUGGCAGCAGGACCAGCAGAUCCACGUUGUAGAGCGGACUCCGAAGCCUCAUAUCUGGGGGGUACAUGCCGUCGUUGCGCUCGUCGAGUUCCUUGUUGCCGUCGUUCGUCAAUUGGAGAGUCGCGCAUUUCAUGCAAGUCUCCUGCAGCCGCCACCUCAGGAGAUUCAGAAGCAACGGCUGCUCCCGAGUAUCCUGGAAGAUACCUAUUUGGCAGUGUUGACCUAGUUAUUCGCAUGUUGCGGCCACUUUUGCUGCGGUGCUCGUCCCGUUGGCUGCGAGUGGAGGCUGGAUUGUUACCUCUGGCUCUUGACGUACAGACUCUGGGGCUGCUAUUCGACAUCGUGGAGAAUAACAUUACAGCCAACGAUCCGGACACUGUAAUAGAAAAUACGGAAAAGCCGCCACCGUCCUGCACUGAGCGAAGAGCAGAGGGGUUCUUGGCUUCAAAAAGAGAUGCACGUUUUUCUGUGAGUUCGUCAGCUUCACAAGACGUUUCUGGAGCUGCAACACCCAGCUUUCAGGAACGCCUAAGUGAGCUUGCCCAGAAGUUGCUGGGAAACCACAUCCUACAAGGCCUAUUGGAGCCGCAGGUCGACUUCAUCGAGCUCCUGGAGGAAUGGGGACGCGAAACGCUUCUCCUCGAACUUGUUAUUGAAGGUUUACAUCUGGCUGUUCGUGAACAGCCGCUGAAGAACCAGGUUCUCAUGUUGCGGGAGCAGUGCGGUGCCUUAAGGCGCUGCAUCCGUGUUCUGGAAUGCCGUCAAGGGUUGCGGAAAAAUCAGAGCAAGAUUAGCCGGCUUUCAGCACAGGAAGGUGAAAGCCAGAGGCGAUCAGUAGAUCGGCUCAGCGAGGUUUCCAUUCCGCAGCAAACGCCUUUCCUACUUUUUCACGCAACGCGCUUAAGGGCACAACUACGGUCGCUUCGACUGCAACCAGAACAAGCCGAGCAGGUGGGCUUGGUCUUGUCAACUGCCGCCUUAGCUCCUCCUUGGACUUCCUUCGUAAAUUUUGGCGAAGAACAGAAAACCGUGGGCAAGACGGGAAAUCCGUCCUUAAUAUCUCCAGUUACUGGGACAUUUAUGGGAAUGAGAGUCGGAUCCACUACCGUAUUCUCCCCAGAGCUCGUGCCCCCUUUUUCAGUGGUUUUCACGGAUAGCACGUGCCCAGUGGGUCUCCUGCAGCAACAGCUGGACCCGAUUGCAGAUGUCCUUCGCCAAGCGGAAAGCGAUGCCGUUGCAGCGGCAAUUUCCAUUGCCAGAAUUGACGAAAAAUUAGCUGCGCAAUCAGGCCUCGCGACCAACUCAGAUCAAAAAGAUGAGGAUCAGUUGAAGCAGUCAGAUAAGCAGCUGUCCGGCAGCUCAGCACAGCCACAGUGCCAGGAGGAGCACCUUCUAGUGGCUCCCUUUGCCGCUGCUUGGGUUGAGCCCUUGCAGCUGCAGAGCCAGACGCAGGACUCAUCGGGCGACGAACAUGAAUUGACGUCCCGCGACCCCGUAGCCGGUAGUUCGGCUGAUGUUGCAAACAGCGGGCGGUUCCCUUUGCCGAGGUCAGGCACAUUUACUUUGCGGUCAAACUCCGCAGAGGCGACUUCAGCUUCACCUUUCGAAGUGCCAGCCUGCAGCAGGGACUAUGAAGUUGUUUUUCGCUGCUGCCAAAAGACUCGGCAGCAACACAGAAUGAUGAAACCAACAGUUCCUGCGCAUUUGGUUCCGCACCCAUCAGAUUUGGCGCUCACCUACAAAUCAGCAUCGGCAGUUCCAGUUAUACCGUUGAGUGAAGGGUGCGUGCUUACCCUUUUAAAGCAGAACUACGGGACGCCUGAAGAGAAGAUGCAGGUUCUUCGACGUCUGUUGGGGCGCCGCCAUCACCGGCGGAAGCAGAAGCGCAUAACAGUGUCAUCUAGUAAACCCCGAUGUGUGUUGGAUUUGCCCCUUCUAUCUCGCAUUAGCACUUUUCUGUCCAACAACGAAGCAACCAGCGUGGAUGCGUAUGCAGCAACAGACACAUCGGGUGAUGAAACGACUGCAGUGUUGUCCCAUAGGGAGAGCUGGCAAGGUAUGAGGUGGAUCAGCAACGUGACAGCCCCCCUUAGCCGUUCAGGGCAUUCCCGCGUAAGAGAAAUUCCGCGCAAGAGGACCCGCAGUCCUGGGGACAGUGAGAGGAAUCCUAACCAGGGUCCAGCCGCGUGUUUGUCGCAGAGCGAGUUUACGGGGGACCACAGCUCGAAGCAAGGUAGCAACAGCGAUUCAGAACUGAGCAGCACAAGCAGCAACGUAGGCAAAGCUACUAGCCAGAAGGCGAUGUCAGGUUCUGCGACGCUCUUAGCAGAAUCCGAGCUUACUCAAUUUGGCAGCAGAGCGUUUGCCCUCUGCCGUUCCUCCUUUGAUUCAGCCAAACGUUUUGCGGCAGGGCUUAGCAACCGAUGCAGCAGCGGAACGCCGGUGGAUCCAUAUGCAGGGGGUUCUGCUACUGAUGGCACUAGCAAUGCAAGUGACUCCGAGACCACUAACAAAAACAUCCAGAACAACAAUGUUGGUAGCAAGCAUCGGAUUUCCCGCCACAGUGCGUGUUCCCCAAGGGAAGCUGUUGCGGUGGCAACUCCCCGGAGGCAAGAGCUCCCGCCCUUGCAACUGAAUACUAUGGAGAUAGCGGUACAUUUAUCUGAGGCGUCAGUGCUGCUGCCUGUGAACAGCAAAUGCUGUGAGACCAGCUCCGUGCUGCUUCAUGGAUCAGUCAAUGUGUGCCGAAGGGCGGAUGAUAUUCGGGAUCCCAUAGAGCCUCACGGCACAUCCAAAGACGCAGAAUCAGCAGCCGGCGCAUAUGAGCAUAUUCAAACCUGUGACAGUAAAGGCAAUAGACAGUCGUUUUGGGUAUGCGGAAGUUCGAGCGCCACCUCUGCUGCUGAGGAAGAAAAAGCACCGAAAGAGAUGCUGCAGCAAGAAGAAGCUUUCUGGCAGGGUACAACUAAAUUCCUCGACAACCUUCCGGACAGAUUUUGCCCAGGAGUGCGAGGUGUCGAUAUUUCGUUACAAAAGGCAGCAGUCACCUGUCUACGCAACAGCAUACCGUUACACCAGCUGGGCGCCAAUGCAGUUGACGUUUCAAAACUCGGGGGAAACUUAGACUUACGUAGUUCCAGACGUAUGCGGUGGAGUACCCGCGGCGGCAAAUGUGGUGGCUCUCCAGACCGACAAGCGACGCAACCGAACCCAGAAGAGUUGGGGAGUAAAUGUUUGAUGCCUGGCGAGCUUAGAUGUGCUGAGGGAGAGGUGGGGAUAGAACCUCAUAUGAGGUGCGUGCGGCGUGCUGCUCUGUCUGGGCACGAUACUUCAGCUGCAAACACUUUUCCUCUCAGUGCCCCCGUCAAAAACCAGGCCAACUCCCACCCCAACGACAAGCUCUCUGGAACCGAUGCACACCAUGACGAGAGUGUACAGCCAGCGGCCAGCGUUACAGAAGUUCACAACAAUGCAAGGAGCAUUUGCAGUGGCUUGAAGGCACAAAUAAGUCACGUUUUUAUCCCGCCUGCCGCCCGUUGCCGUAGGGACGAAAGCGGCGUCGCACAAAGUGUAACAGAUGCAGCUCAAGGCGGCAUUGGCGAUGCUUCUUGUAACAGCUGUGAGGUCCAGCACCAUCAAAACGGGGGAAGCAGCCAUGAGAGGUGCUGCUGCUGCCUUACGAAUGUAGGGAUCUCUACCGGCGUUGGAGUGGGUGAAGGAACUUUCGGUCUCGUAUGCGACUGCUGCUGCCACCAUCCACAGGAGUACACAGCUCUUCAAGUCUGCGCAUGUGAAUUGGAGCUUUCGUAUCUGGAUUGCCUCUUAAUCUGCCGAUGCGCGUCUGAACAGACAAUGCAACUGGAACAGCAGCAACAGUGCCAACAAGCGCAGUUGGCUGCGGUGCAGCGACUUCUCCAUCGCCGCGCGGUUUUGGAGCAGCAUCUUUCUAUGGAGCAUAGGCUCCUUCAGGGGCAGAGCAUGGAAGAUGACGACCAGACACCGGCUUCACAAGCAUCGUUUUCCGUGUCGUUUCCAUGUUCCAUAUCUCCAGAGAUUCAUCGACGUACCCAUAGGAGAUUAGCAUCUCCUACCGCAGCAGCUGCUUCUCCUGCGCGACAGGGAAAGCAAUUUAUUUCGACGUAUCCCCGCCAGCGCCACUUCUCUGCACGUAUGCCGCUACUGCGAGUGACCCUCCUUAACGAUCACUUAGACUGUCUUCAAGCGCCUCUUCUCCAGUUGCUCGUGCUGAACUGCCGGCUUUCUCAGGCCUGCUCGCUCUUGCCUCCUCAUGCUAUGGAUAGUCCACGUUUGUGCCCACAGGAGCAGCCACAAAAGCCCCAGGUCUCUUCUGUAAGUCUACUAAGUGCAUCAUUGCGGCUGUGGGCAUUCAAUCCUUUUGCUGUCGCAUUCGAGCCUGUAGUGGAGUCCCUCCCUCUAUUGCUAGUAAUACGGGAAGCGCCAUACUCAUUGAUGCGGUCCUCGUAUAGCUCAUGCUGCGACGACGAUUCUUUGGCAUUAAGCGUAGGACAAAGUGUAUGCAGAGGCAGGCGAAAGCGCAUGACUCCGCGGCCACCAUUGCAUUCGUUCUCCCAUGGGAGUGGCCGGGAAACGUUGAUGGGGACGGCUUCGUCGAGCCCAGCUCUCACGCCACGUCAGCAGAUGAGCAGCAGUAACAACAACCACAGCAGUAUAAGCAGCACUGAAAAAGAUUCAGGGAGAUCUGUGGCCUCACUUCUCUCCCGUUUGCCGGAGGAUGCGGCUUCACGAGGGGUUCGUGCCUUCGAAAACGAGCAACAGCAAGCCUUCAGCAGCAGCGGCCUUGCUGCUACUGCUCCGCUGAGAAAGGAACUGUCGCUGCGCGGGCGCAACUCAGAAGAAGUUAGCGUGAGCAGCACGCAGAUACAAGGAAGCCGAGAACAAUUUGUGCAUUUAGGAGUCGAGGGGGGCUCGGAUGCACCUAACCCCGUUGGGUAUGCAUCCACAACGGAGGUGGCCUCCUCUCCACGGCGGUACUUGGGAAUUUUGUUGUCAUCGACGGAUGGAAGCAGCAUAGAGGCAAACUUAUCUCCUUUGCUGUUGCAGUCAGUACUAGGGAGCCUUUGCAAAUGGCACUGCGACUUUACUCACCACUUGCAACAGCAGCAGCGACAACGGCCACGGAAGGCAUGUGGCAAUUCCAGUGUCUGUGAGGCAGGCGCCAGGUUGUCGCAGGUGUCCCAUCAGGCGGUUUCACGUCAGUAUGAGCAGAAGAUGCCUCAGCACGAAGAGAAGGAGAAAUGUGCACCGAAUCAUGUGAAGAGUCAGCUCAGAGCUGGACAUGAAGAGGGAGCACCAGAAGUGCCGGGCGGGCGGAGACGAAGCCUUAUUGCCGAUACUCUGCUCCUACGGAGGCUUCCAUCUCGUUCCUUGGAUGCAUCGCCUAUUUGCCUUUCUCCUGCCCAGGAUGGAUACCCGGAAAGGCGUCACAGCUUGGGUGGCUCACUGCCUGAAGGUGUGGCUGAUGGAUCUUUAGACAAUCAGCUACCGCAACAGGAGCAGAGGCCAUUUCGGGAGGCGGCAGGCCCGAAAAGGGGCAAACUGUUCAUCCCUUACCAUGUUGUAAACCAGACAGGGCUGCACCUCGGAGUCCGGCUUCUACCCACACCAGCAGCGUUACGGGCGCUUGACUCGGAGGGCCUGUAUGGAGGUAAUGCAGUUCAUGCCACUGCUGCAGGACUUCCUCCUACUCUAAGGCUGUGCAGGCAGCACAACAGAGAGGUAGGGGCGUGCGAAGAAGACGGCAGCAGCAGCGAUAGCAGUAGCAACGCCAGUGAAGCAGAAGGUGGCCGCGCUUUAGCAAGCGUCCCCAUUCACUGGGACUUUGGAUCGACUUUACAGACAGUGGCUCGAGGACCUCAUGGAGCCGCUAGCGCCACAACAAGUGCAAGCAAUAGAGGGACAUUCUCCUGCCCUUCUUCCCCUCCCACUUCCCGAGAGGAAAAGUCAAUCCACCUCGAGCCUAGGGGAGAUUCUUCCGGCUGGGAUUGGCUCCUUCCUUCGGAGGAAAGGGCGCUGACGCAGAUGAGGGUAUCUAUAGGGACAGCUUCGACUGCUCAUGUUACACUCCAGCUAGCCAAACGGACACUCGGAGGGAUCGCUACAGAACAGCCUUUGCUCAAGAAUACUGUCCCUAUAUCAGCUCUGCAGCCCGAGAAUUGGAGCACGGACGGACCUGACGUACAUGGAGAGGGUUCCUACAGGCGAUGGAGGCUGCUUAUGCCAGUACCACUCGAUCGAGUUGGAGUGUACAUCCAGCCUCUAACUGACGUGGAGGCGACUACACCUACUGGAUCAGCCGUAACCACAGACAUACAGAAGCAAACAGCUCCUUUUGUUGUUUGUCGGCUUGUUGCCGAUGCAGGGACGAAGCAACUCUUGGUGCAGUCACAGGCUGGCAAGACAUACAGCUGGUCCAGGGACCUAAGCCUUGGCAUGCUAUGGCAGGUCGUCGACGGGACAGAGCAACAGAAGCCCUCUGGAAGCGGGGCAUCUGGGGAAGCAGGGCGAGGUGCCUUCAAACAAAGCUUUCCCAAGACAGACGUGCUGCGCUGCUGCCCACUCAUUGGCAGCAGUGUCAACAAGAGUUGCCUGGCAAGGAACCCCGUGCCAGACCACGAUGAAGCUCCAAAAGAACACAGAGGGGUAGACAGCAAGAAGAUGCGGGAGCCUGACUACCACAUCGUCGUCCUGUAUAGGUUUGAACGGCUAGUCCACUCGUCCUUUUCUUGUGUACAGUUCAAAGUGACGCUUGAAGCUCCCUUACGAAUUUCAAGUAAUAUCCCCUUCCCUGUCAGGUAUCGUAUUAAUUGUCCGCUGGUCCUGAGGCCGGGGGAAGAUCCACCAGGAGAUUCGGAGGGUUUGAUUCAACUAAACGAGUGGCAGCAAGUGCAUUCUUUUCCUCUAGCAGGAGUGGCCUUCCUUUCCAUCUCGCUAACAGAAGGCCGAUGGUCAAAACGAACUCAAGUCCACCCGCGCCCCCUACAGAAGAGAACUCCUCCACCAACCGCUCCGAAAGCAGCCGUUGCCGGAGCCUCGGGUGUUUUGUCGACUACCGCGGGGGGAGGUCAGACCCCAGCGGACUGCGCCGCGGGCUGCUCGAGUGGGGCUGGGAAACAAGAAUCUUCGACGGAGAGCGUAACAGGAGAAACCAUCGUGGAGGUUGAGUGCUUCGACAGCAAAUAUCGCUCUGCAAAGGUGUGGGUGAUCUUUUGUGACUCCGAUGGAGGCUCACCCUGUUUGCUGCUGCAUUCUCCUGUAUGGCUGGUGUCGCACGUAGAGCAGUUUCAGCAGCUGCUGCGGCAGUCGACCUCAACAGAGAAACAGACCCGCAAAAGCCCUCUCAGAUUCCGAACUUCACAUGUCGUAGAGGCCUUCGGAAGGACUGCACCGGAGACAUUCGACUACUCGACUUUAGCGUUGAUGCCCACUUUGUGCUGGCUUCAAGGGGGCUGCAAAUGCUGCGUCUCCACCUCUCGUGCUAGUGAGUCUCCGGAAACCGUAUGGAGCGCAUGGUCAGGCUACUCCCCGUUGUGCUUACCUGGGAAUGAGUGGUGUAUUCGCCUACCAUCUGCACCGUCGUAUUCGUCGAGAACUAUACUGAAGACACAUGGAACCCACGGAAACAGUCCCGCCCGGUCUGACGCCCCGCUGCAAUGCGCUGAUUGCGAAAUUGAGGAUCCAGAAGGACGACAGGAGCGCACCCGACAAGAAGAACUACUUCCGAUACCAACAGUAGAACCACAAGAGCUUUUAGGUGCCAUAUUGCGUCGGGGAGUCUCUGUACAGAACAACGGAAAUCAUCCCACUACGAAGCGGAGCCUCCCAGAACGGCUUACAAAGCCAGCUUUCUCAGCUUCGGGGUGCUCGGCCUUGCGCCUAGAGGCAGCAGAAGGUCCAGCUAACACUGUCAACUUGACAGUCCAAGUGGAAACCUUUGACAUGAGGGACACUGUUUCAGUCUGCAACGACACGCCGUUACCUUUAUUGCUCCGCCAGUGUUUCCACAGUGACACUCAAGAGGGCAAGGGAGCAGAUUCCUCGAGCUGCCAAGGACGCACAGGGGCUCAGAAACUUGGCUUGACCGAAGCUGCGGCCUUCGGCGUGGACUCCGUUGCCACCGCUGUUGCGGAGCUGUGGGAAGCAGCCAAGCAGGGCGGAGGAUUGCAGCAGCACCAGCUGAGCAGUGACGUCGGGGAUAGCUUUGGUCAUCAUGAUCCUAGCAAUGUGGGAGGACAUAGUAGGCCGACGCACCUCCUCAGCAUGCUGUUGGAGGCUCAGCAGAGUGCAGAACAGCAAAAGAAAACCAAAGUGCCAACUGGGGCGACCCCCUUCCAUUCUUCCGAGGCAGUUUACAUUUCCGCGGUUCCGCAGGAGGAAGGCACUCAUAUUCUUUUGGACCGGUUGAUCGCCCCCGCGGGGGAUAUAUUGGGGAUAACACAUUUGCCUCCUCACGGUGCAGUCGAACGAAACCAGCAAGGUGCUAUACGUCAGCUAAACAAUGAGAGUUCUCAUACGUCUGUUUUGUUAAAAUCUACAAAUAGACCAACAGGCAGCGCCAUGUCACCUUGGGCUGAAGCGGAUACCGACCAAGUAACCACUUCGCGGAAUGAUGUGGACGUCAACUCAUUACUUCUCAUCCCCCGUUAUUUCCAGCUGCCCAUGGUGGACAUGGACCUGACGGCAGGUUGUUCUCGUAGUCAAGAGUUGAGCAGUGCAUGCGAUGGCCGUGUUCCCCCUUGGUCAUUUUCAUCGAUGUGCAAAUUUUCUGGAACAUUUGUGGGGUCAUACGCUCCUGACCGAAAGGCCGAGUCUGCUGCUCCGCGAACUACUAUUCCUGCCAAGGCUGACGCGGGAAACCAUGAUGCCGCGCAGCCUGUGCAGCCAACUCCGGAUCCCCCGACGUUUGAACUUCGCAUUCAGGUCCCGCGUCUGCAAUUCUCCGUACUCUCGCAGGGAGCAGUUACAGAUCCACUGUCUCGUCAGACCUUCCGCCUUCCCGAGGAACUGCUUCUCGUCACAUUUGAAGGUCUAUCUGCCGCGUACUUCUGCAGUCCGUUCCACAGCGCUGCAGCAUGCAGAAUACAGGAGUUGCAGAUAGAUUCCAUGCACUCCCAGGCAUACUACCCUGUGCUUCUUCAAAGGGCCCCUCCCAUGCCCAGCGAGGCCGGUUCAGCCACUGAUAGCGACGUCACGCAAGUCUCUCGAAUAACAUGUUCCACGCUCAAGGACAAAGGAGGAGACAGCAGCAGAAGUGGGGAGCCGCUACACGCAUCGGUGUCUAAAUCAGAGGAUGAUGGCGGUGCCCUUGUUGAGUUCUUGCUGCAGCAGAGGCUGCCGUUUUAUGGCAGCCGUGACGACCGAGUUGUUGUAAUCGACAACUGCAGCCUGUCUCUGAAGCCCGUGAGCGUCCGGACAGAUUUAAAGAGCGUUUACAUGGCGUCUGAGGCCUUGAGUUGCUGGCAGUCUGCCUGGGCUGCUGCCACCACAUCGAUGAGCAUGCAUAGUCCCGAAAAGAAUUCUGGCUUUCCAGCGUCUCACGGGCACCAAAGAGGGCCUGAAGGAGCUCCUAGAGCAAAUAAUGGAUCGUCAGUUUUGCGCGGAGAAGGCGUCCCGUCAGAAGAUGAAGACCUAGAGUACCAUUAUGCCAAGCAGAGCGGCCUAGUGUGGGCGUGCAAAGGCAACAAGAUUUGCCAGUCCCCUCUCUCUCUCUUCGUGUCCCACAUCGCCGGCACAGGCUUGGUCGUCGUUCCUACUCGGCUAGCCGUCCGCCCAUGGUUGUGCAAGCCAAAGGCGCCGUCUCUCGAGGGACAGCAACACACGUUCAGCCAGCGGCGGGAGCAGCGGUACAUUUUUCGGCUUCUCACAAUAGCAAGCACGUGCGUUGUGCUCUCGUUCAAGGCGGACACAGGGGGAAAUAGUAGCGCGUUGCGCCGCUCGGUAGUGACUCUAUCUUCCCUCGAAGACGCCCGUUUUGAAGUGGAUGGACUGCAUGUGACGGGCAGAAGGCUAAUGGAUCAGCUCAAAGAGCUUCACCAACAACAGCAGCCACAUGUUCACCAGGACUGCUCUCGCCUCACGAAAUUGACAAGACACCACAGGCAUCCAGCUCUUGCAUUGAGAGAUGUCGCGAGGGUAGUUGGGCACUUUUAUCAGCAACAGCUUCUAUCACACCUAUCCAAGUUGCUGGUGUCGGUCGAUCUUCUAGGAAACCCUGCUUUGUCAUUUGCGCACCUCCAAGCAGGUGUGUAUGCGCUCGCCAAGCAGCCAAUGGCGGCUGCUGAGACAGGUGGAGACGUGUUCGAAGGGAUGAUGAAGGGGGCAGAAGAUUUCCUGAAACACACGGGGUAUGGCGUUUUCGGCGGUAUCAGCCGAAUGGCAGGAGUCGCCUCGGACUCUCUUGGAGCACUGGCUUGUGACGAAGUGUAUGUCCACAGCAGGAAGCAACAGGGUCGACACAAGGCGCGCAACGUUGAAGAGGGACUCCAGCAGGGCGUCGAGGCCCUUGGGCGGGCUCUGGCUGGUGGCUUCACAGGCCUUGUGGAAGAACCCGUUAGAGGAGCUGCGGAAGGUGGUUUUGAGGGGCUGUUGCGCGGUGCUGGCAGGGGCAUUGCGGGCUUCCUUGUAAAGCCUUUGACAGGAGUGCUUGAUUUAGCUCAGAAAACCGCUGAAGCCAUAAAGGAUGCCUCUCAAGUCGAAGGACACCAGCGUCCGAGGUUCCGCCUACCCCGCCUCCUGCUCGGGGAUUUCCGCUUGCUGGUUGCAUACGAUGCUGAAGCAGCGAAGGCCAAAGCAAUUUUGACAGACGCGGAAGGCCAAUAUUGGGAGAACUUGCCAGUGCUCUUUUUCGCCCUGGAUCGCCGACUUCAAGCGCUUACCGUUCUCACAGCAAGCAAUAUUUUGUUGUUCAAAUACUAUUCGCGAAGCCAUGCUGAGCUUCGCUUUCUUGCUCCGAUCUCUUGCUUGUUGGCUGUUGGCCACUGUAGCACUCCAAACAGCAGCACCAGUAGCGGUACCUGCAGCGGCAGCAGGAUUCGAUCAACCAGCUCAAAGCACCGUCACGCUUUGGUACUGCAACUUCGUCAGGAGGGCGAGUCGGGAGUUUACUACCAGCAGCUUUUGUAUUCGAGUGCUCGGCUGCAAGGGCACAUUUCCAACUCCUUGAGACAGUUGCUGCUCCAGUGA